AAAUGAUUGGUUAAUUGUCAUGAUUAAUAAAAUUAACCAAUGACAUGAGAAGAAACUAAAAUAAAAACAUUCUUUUUUCAAAAAAAUAUUUUAAAAAAAAACAAUUUUCAUUCUAUAAAUCAACAGAACUUUUAUCAUAGUAACUUUUAUCUUUAAUUAAAACUGCAUAGUUACUUACAGUAGACAAUUACAACAUGAAUAAAUGUUCUACUUGGAAUAUUCUGUCUAUAACAGCAUUAGUUAUCUAUUGCCUUUUAAUUUCUUUAACAAAUUCUUGGAAAAUUGGCACAACUAGAAUACCAAAUGAUAAUGAAGAGAUUAGAAUGGAAUUAGAAAAUACUCCUAUAAUGUAUGAAGAAAUAGAACCUACAUUUAAACAAAAACAAAAAUGGAUAUCUCAGAUAUCUCAAGGUGAUUUACCAUGGAUACAUGGAUUAAAUCGAGCUGGUGUAAACCAAAAACCAUAUAAUACACUUGGAAGAGAACGUCGAUUCUUUUGUAAUCCAAUGGGAUGCGUCUAACUAAUAUUGAUGAAAAACAUUUUUUUGAAAAAAAAAACAUAUAAUCAUAUAACUAUGUAAUCAUAUAAUCAUGUCUGUAUACUUAAACAAAACAUAAAUAAAUGUCUUUCUUGUCAAUAAUUAAUAAAAGUGAUAAAUAAAACUAUUUAUACAGAAAUCAAAAAAAGAUAAAUUUUUCUAUUACAAUGAACGAUCAUAGAUGCUCUAAUUAAAUGUUGAUCUUCUUUUUCUCGAAGUUUCACACCAAAGAUUAGUUUUGGUUAGUUAACCAUUAAAGCUCAGAAAGCACUAGACAGCUACUUUGUCUUAAUAUGAAAAUUUUCAAUAGAGUGCACUUGCCUCAUAAAGAAUCCAACUCAUACCCUAUUAGUCACUUAGCAAACGCCUAUGCUUCAG